ACUAGCUAGGGUUUCUUUCACUCACAAAAUUCCCGAUUCAAAUUUCAUCCCUUUUUUCAAUCAAUCAACAAGAAACCUCUUCACCAUCUUUCUCUAUAAUCGCUUAAUUCUUAUUGAUAUUUUCGAUCAAAAAAUGUCUAACAAUGUCGCUGGAGUUGACAACACAUUCAGAAGAAAAUUUGAUCCUGAAGAGUAUCGUGAACUUGCUCGGGAGCGUGAGAGGAAGGAAGAACCUAAAGGUCAUGUGCAGAGGAAACCCUUGAAACAUAGGGAUUAUGAAGUAAACCUUACAUCUUCCUUAGGAAAGACUCAGGUUGUGACGCCGGUUGCACCACUAAGCCAACAGGCUGGAUAUUACUGCCGAGUUUGUGAGUGUGUGGUGAAGGACUCUGCAAACUACUUGGAUCAUAUUAAUGGAAAAAAACAUCAAAGAAUGCUGGGCAUGUCUAUGCGAGCUGAACGUUCUUCUCUCAAACAGGUUCAGGAACGUUUUCAAGUUCUUAAGAAACGUAAAGACAUUGGAGCCUUUACAGAGAAAGAUUUUGAUGACAGGGUCUUAAAACACCAAGAAGAAGAGGAAGAAAGAAAGCGACUGCGUCGGGAAAAGAAAAAAGAAAAGAAGAAGGAAGCUGUAGAAGAACCUGAAAUGGAUCCUGAUGUUGCUGCCUUGAUGGGGUUUGGUGGUUUCCGCUCAUCUAACAAAAAGUGAUAUGCUUCUACAUGUAGGAUGAGCUGUGUGUGAAAUUUUGAGCAAUGUUCUGCAAUAUUAGACAGAAUUUUGUAGCUAACAGUUUGGUUCUUGGUGGCUUAAGGAUGAACCUAUGGUCAAAAGAUAUAUAGUUGGGAUCAAACAGUAGUUGCAAGCUGGUCCAUAGAUAAAUAUCCAUUCCUAAGAUUCAGUUUGGUUUGGUUAUUGUACAUUACUUCUGUUAGCUAACAUGAUGUAUCAUAUGAACUUGAAACAUGUAUUCUCUACCAUUGUUAAUGUGGGGAGUGUUUGUUGAAUCAAAGAAUCCUUGGACGAGAA